AUGGCUUCCACUAAAAACAUUCGAUGCCAUCAUUGCGCAGGUCCCCUUUCAAAAGAGACGGAAACCAGUAAAUGGACCGUUGCACCACUUAUUAGGGAUAGCUUUUCUAUGAUUGGUUCUGCUGUUGGUGGCACCACAAGUGCAUUCUAUGGAUUCAAUCAUGUUAUGCCAGUUGUUCAUAGAUGGGUAAAAGGACCGAUGUGGGUACAUUUUCUCGUUGGUACACCGCCUGUGAUAGUAUUCUCCUCAGUAUGCGCAGGACUGGCAGGUGGGGCUGUUCCUGCUUUAGCACAACUUGUUUCUUCAUCUUACCAUGCAGCACAAUCAUCACCUCCUUCAGAAGAUGAUAAGAUUCAGAAGUCAAGAACUUCAUCCACUCUCUAA